CCCACUUGACACAUUUGCCCGCCCAUAGCAACAACGCACCGAGCCGAUCAACACCCACCACCUAAACAAGCCUCAUCUACACCACCCCACGCACACCGAUCAGCCUCAUAUAUAUCCUCACCGGGUAUUCGAGAUUCACAUACCUUUUCUCUUUUAUAUCGCUAAACAAAACCCAGCGCAAUCAUGGUCUUUGGGAGGUUAACUCACUAUGCUUUUGAUGCUGUGCUCAUCUCAACUAUCCUCGCGGGAAUGAAGAGGUCGACGGGUUUGACCCCCAGUUUCAACACCGAUAAGAUAACCGACAACAAAGACGUCAAGAAAUGGAUCGACACCUACCUCGACGUCGGGGAAUGGGUCAUGGAUAAGUCCGUCACCAUCGCCGCGGCGAGCGGGUGGUUUAAGCAUGUGAGAUAGGUGGUUUGGGGGGUUGAUUUUGAGGAGAUGAUGGAUUGGGG